CGCGACGAACGGCAGCCACGGUAAAGGCGCAACAGUAAACUUCCUCUCGCACACUUCGCGGGACACACCCCGUCACACGACGAUAAGGCAGAUAACAAUUCACUUACUUCCGCCCGAGGAGGGGACCGACCAAAGAAAGAACGCCAGAACGCAGUGUGGAGUGCAGCCCAAAAAUGCAGAAGAAAGUAGUGCAACAGCAGCCGCAAGUGCGGAAGGUUUACACUACAACGUCGACGCAACAGCAGCAAUCCGCCAUGCAGAUGAACGCAGUGAAAAAGAUUAACAGUCUACUGCAGAGUGGCACGGUCAGCGUUACCGGCAUCUCGGGCCAGCAGCGCGUGCCGGCGAAGAAACCACCACCGGCGCCGUCCACGAGCGUCUCCAUUACGACCACGACCGCCAACAACUAUGCUAGCCGGCAACAGAGAUGCUACAUUUGCGGAGACCAUGCCGGCAUCCACGCGACACUUAUCUCGGAAGCGUCGACCACCACCACACAGACGGAGUUCGUGGUGAAACUGGCGAAGGUGAUCGGUUCCACCUACUCCGUCGUCCUCUCGACCGAUGACGUCAUCUGCAGGCGCUGCAUCACGGUUCUGAACCAGCUCGACAAGCUCGAAUCGGAGAUGGACCAUCUGCGGGCCACGCUGCUCGGGUUUAUCCACAAGAAGAAUAACAUCCCCGAUGAGGAUCAUCUGGGGCAGGGGGCAGGAGGCGCGACCGCAACCGGAUCGCCACCGGCCAAAAUGGUAAAGCUCACGCACACCAGCACCGCUGGCAGUGGCGGUACGGUGGCGGCCACCACAAGUGCUGGUUUAGCGUACAGCAUUAAAGCUGUGGGCCACCAACAGCAGCAGCAGCAACAGCAGCAACAACAGCAGAACGUCGUGAUGAUGGAAGGCGGCGAAACGGCCACGAUAAAAGUAUUGACCAGUGCGGGGAUGGCCACCGAUGCCACCACCGACGUGGUGGAGGCACAGUUAUCCAGUAUGUUCGAAAAGUCAGGUAGCAACGUGUCGACGACUGGUGGUACCCUCGGCCAGGCAACGAUCUUGCACCAGCAGGCGCCACAGCAAAUCGUUGUCUCGACCAACAAUGGAUCCGUGACCGUGAACACACAGGGCGCAGCGGUCGCAACGGCGACGGCCGUGGCCAAUGUGGCGAAUCGGAAAACCUCCAAGGUGUACCGGUGUUUGUCGUGCGAUUUCAAGACGCACGACCUCACCCUGUUCCAGCCGCACUACGAACAGUGCAAACAGAUGUCCUCCCAGACGCCGGCGGCCAACACGGUGGGCGCGAAUCGUUGCAAGCACUGCAAGAAAGCGUUCAGUUCGUUCGCCCUGCUCAAGCAGCACCACCUGCAGGAGCAUCCGUCGCUACCGCUGCCCGGGGUGACGACGGGCCUGCCAUCGAAGGCGACGGUUAUGACCGCUGGUGGCGGUGUCCAGGAAGGGGUGGUGCAGGCCGGCGUCGCUACGGUGUACUCCUGCAACAUGUGCAGCUACCGGACGGCCGAGAAAACGCAGUACGAUGACCACCUGCGGAAGCACAUCAAGCUGAAGCCGUUCAAGUGUCGCGUGUGUUUGAUGCGCUUCGAAACCCGCGAACAGGCCUCGGUACACGCGAAACAGCAUCAGCCCGACUACUUCAAGUGUGGCAUCUGCAACGUGACGUUCAACAAGCGCGAACUGCUGUUGAAGCAUCUCGAGGUGCACGACAACGGCAAAAAGGACGGUAAACUGACGACAACGCAGCAGGUCAUCGUGCAGCACCAGCAGCCGGCGGCGGCAGCGGCACAGCAGCAAAUGAAACUGGAACUGACCGACUCGACCCAGAAGCUGCUAGAUGACACGAUCAAAGAGGCGCUCCGGGAUUCGAUCGAUGCGAAAACGAUCCAAUUCCACACCUGCGGCUCCUGUUCGCUGACAUUCCUGAACGAGAAGCUUUACACGCAGCACCUCAAAACGCACGCCGUCGGUGCCGCGGGUGUCGUAACGAGUGCCCCGGCAGGGAGCACCGCCGGUCACGCUCAACAGCAACAGCCCACGGCCAGCCAUGCGGUCCAAGUGUUCUCUUCGAACGCCACCUCGACGACCACCACCAAUCGGAAGCUAGUCGGUGGCGUAGAAGCCGGAGCAGCAGGACUGAUGACGGCGGGCGGUGGCAAGCUUGUGACGACGGCCAACACCUCGCUGAAUGCCGGUGCCAGCGCCGUCGGUGGGAACAACUCAAUCUCGGACGGUGACCUCGAGAGUAUCUUUGAGCGGAUGCACUCGGACAAGGCGGUCGUCGAGGGUGGUGCUCCCGGGGCAACGGCCGAGGGUGGCACCAUGGUCAUCACGAACCAGGACGGUACGACCGAAAAUAUUUCCUUCAACAUAACGAUCCCACAACAGCAACAGCAAACGGGUCAGGAUGAUUCGUUUGUCCAGCAGCACCAACAGUUGGAGGGGAAAAUGGAACAGCAACCGUCGGUGGGAAUCGAUAUGCCCACGCUCGAUCAGGGCGAUGAGCUGCAGCAGCAGAAGGAUCAGCAGCAACAGCAACAGCAGCAACAACAACAGAUUAACAUGCCGGUCAGUAUGCCCAGUCUCGACGAUGACGGUGACCAGUCGCAGAACAGUCAAAACUCCAACACCGAAACGGUGCCGAUGGAGCUGGACGACAUGCAGGGUGCGAACGCACCGUACAAGAUCAUACUGAACCACGAGUCGGGCCAGUACCUGCACCUGGACAAUCACAUCCUGACGGACGGUGAGGGCAACCAAAUUCUGGUGCAGGGCACGGACAGCGAGCAGAUACAGCAGCUGCUGCGGGGCGUCGGCAUCGGCGUGGUGAUGCAGGGCGGCGAGGGACUGGGCGAAGGCGAAACGAUCCAGAUGAUCAGCUGCGACGGCAACAACCAGAUGAUACUGGUGCAGGGUGACGACGGACAGGAGCAACUGAUUCAUCCCUCGCAGCUGAACGCGGACGGCAACAUCGUCAUACAGCAAUCUCAGGAGGGCGAGCUUAUGACCACCGACGGGGCCCACAUUACGACCGAGGACGGUCUGCAGAUCCCGGUGUCGGUGGCGUUUACGACGUCGGGCGAAGUGGAUCAGGAGGGCCACCUGACGGUUUCGAUGGCCGGCGCCGACGGUGCGGAUCACCAGCAGAUCCAGCUGCAUCUGCAGCAGGCCACCGGCGAGGCUGCCGAAGGGGACGAACAGCAGCAACACCACGAGGCCGGUGACGAUGGACACCACCAAGCGACGGCCGCGAUCCUGACCGAAGGCGGACAGAUCAUUCUGCAGAAAGCAGGACCACCCGGCCAGGACGGUCAGCACGAGACUGCGGACCAAACGAUGCAGGUGCAGGAAAAUAAUGCCGAUGCCGUGUCCGGGGCCGGUGGCGAUGAGAAUGGGCCUGCGGAAGAUGACGACGAGGAAGAGCAGAACGGAGGGGCGGCCACCAACGGUGGCACGGGCGGCAAUACCGUGACGACGAUAACGAGCAGUCCGAACGGUAUGACGAUCACCACCACGACGGUCACCACUCCGGGCGGUACCUCGUCGACGACGGCCACGGUCUCCACCGCCGGCAGUGGCAGUGGUGGUGGCGGAGACACAGCCGACGAUCAAAUGUUCAACUUUGACGAACUAAUUCAACCACAAAUAGUGGUCAAACAGCAACAGGUUCAUAACUAAGACCUUUUCUCGGGCCCGGGCGGUGCGUGAGCGGCGGAGCGGCCGAUACAAAGAGAAAUGGGUGAGAAAGGGACAAACUGUGAACAGAAAAGCGGAAACUUUCGCGGAGUUUAGUGUUAGGGAGCUCUAGUAUUUUAAGAAUUUGAUAUAAAAAUGAAAAACACGCUUCAUUGAACAGAAAACUCUAACCACCACACCCCGAUACUUCCCCCGUGUCAUGUCAUGUCCGGGUUUUGGUUGCCCCCCCCCCCCUGCCAUUUUUGGCCACAUUGUACAUACUGCGCGUUGUUUUUUCAACUUUUCUUCAACCCUUGCCCCUCCCGUAAGACACAGUUUAGUGUGGAUUAUGUGAUCCACAGAUCCACAGGCCACGCACCAGGGGAUGCGGAACAUAUUCUACUUAUUCACUCCAAAUAGGGAGAUGCCAGAAUGUGUCGAAAACUAGUUUACUUAGCCGUGUCGGGUUCUCGUAAUGCAUGCAAAAGCAAUUAUUUUCCAUUUUUUUUUUCCCCAUUUGUUCCCUUACUUUCCGUCGGUGACACCGCCAGUGUGUGUGCGAGGGAAGUACUGUAAAAAGUCAAACAAACACUAGAUCAUAUUAGGGUAAGUGUCGGAAGCGGAACUAACUAGGUGUGUGCUGGCAAAAGGCAUGUUCUUGAUUCUUUUUUUUUGCUACAGAGAGCGUAAAUAUAGAAAUAAAAAAGUAUAAUAGUUUAGUUCUUUUUUAUGAACGGUAGAGAAUACGCGCAGAGCUGAAUGUUAACAGAAACGAACACACACGAACACAACCGACUCACAAGCGCUACAUCCAAGCGAAGAAAUAGACAAACAAAUUACAAUCCCAAUUAUUUUAAACAACAAAGGAAGUUAUUAGCUUUAAACAGAACUGGACAUAGCGAAAGAGAGAAACAGAGUAGGCGGCAAGUGUAGUAGAAGAAACGACAUAAUUUGCUGACGGGGUUGUGUUUUUUGGUAAUCACUGUAGCCCCGUGGAAAGGACAAGCAAGCAGGGAAAGGUCGACGGAGAGUGGCGCAUCUCGGCUUCAGGUUUGGGUGCUGCGGGGUCUUUUGAGUAACACUUGAGUUGAAACGGUUGGACGCGUUGAUCCGUGGCCAUACUGUUUCCGCCACGAAUGAAAGGUACCGGUUGGUGUUGCUUGUCCCAAUCAUAGUAGGCACCGUUCCGGUUGUUGGGACCGAUUGCCGCUUAAUUUCAAGAUUUUUGUAAAGUUUUUCUCGAAUGAAGAAAGUAAUGUGUGAAAGUUUUCGUCUGAGUGUUUUCUCUGAACUCUCACUCGACACUCGCUAAGAGAUAGUGGUCACAGGAUAUUUUAAUCUUGCACCUUACAGUCGGCGAUCGUGUUGGCACUGUUGCCACUCGGGUGACAGUUUCCCUUUUGGUUUUCCUUGCGUUUGAUAGUAUGAAGUUUUCUGCAACAAACAGAUAAAUAGGCGAAUAAACCAAAAAAAAUUAAAAAAAACACCAACACGUUCUGCGUUUAAUUUGAACCUCGUGAAUUCACGCUCUGCGGUAGAACUAGGCAGACUGGAACGUGUAAAUAUAUCUUCAGUGCCCUCCGGAGAUGCGUCAUCGAGAUGCUAGGGGUCUAUUGUCGCUUUGCCUAUGGGGGCUAAACAUUAUCAACUAACUGACCCCUGUCACUGACCAACAGAGGUUUAUCUCGUAACAAUGACGAUGCCUGAUACACUGGAAAAGAGGAGUUUCAAGUUUUUCGCUUUAAUUUCCGUAGACUUUAGUUGAUUAAAACACCGAUACAAGAAAUAGGAAGAAAAUGUAUGAAAUAAUGAAAAAGAAGAAUAAAAGGAGAAUAAAAAAAAUACAAAACUAACCUCUAAGAGUAGCCCGUAUCUCGUAUAAUAAGUAAAAGCCCAAGGAACCAAGCACACAGUGGCGCAAACGCAAGUACGUUAUCAAUUUGGCAUAGACACACAUACACACAUGGACUAACCCAGCCGAACAGAGAGACGAGCGCCAGAGGGUUGCAUACGGCGCCAGUUUUAUCGUUUCGUCAUCAGUUAGGGAAGAAUUAUUUAAAAAUCUUUACCUAGGCGUUAAGGAUUUAUGCAAAAUAAAUGUUGCA